UCGCGGGGGAAUCCGGUCGAGCCCGGCAAGGACUCCAGAAGCUGGUCUCGCACCUGCGUCAGCGUGGGAUCGUCCAAACGACGUUCCCGGACGCCGGCUGGUCUUCUCGCGCAUAGCCCCGGGCUCCGACGGCUGUGGGCCGCAACGGUGAGCUGCGGCCUGCUCAGUCCUCAACGCAACGUCCGCACUGCGCGUAAUCUUUAACUACUGUAGUAGCGUUUGCUGGAAGUCGACACCCAAAAGAGCACUUACUGCGAUCCACUGUGGUUCGAAGGCAAAGAGCCCCUCGCCGACCGACAAGACUCGACCUCUUUAUAACCGCACACCCACAGUCGGGAAACAACCAGGAAGCAGCAGCCGGCCUGGCUGACACCGUUAAACCGCCAGGGUAACACGGACGUAGAGUGCGGGCAAUAUAACUCCGCCUCAGGAUCCAGUGGCGGUCGAAGACACGCCAUAUCUCAGUGCACAGCGUCGAACAAAGCUACGUGCCAGAGGCGACCAUGAACACGUGGCAUCAGAGACCAGCCUGGACGUUUCGGUUCCGUUUGCCCUGAUGCCCAGGAUCAUUGGCAGACCAAGAACCUCCCUUUCGCUUGUGACGACAUGUCUUACCACUCGUCGCGUUGGUGGGCGUACUGCCUCAUCUUCGCGUUCGCCUGCCAGUUGUUCCUUGCGCGGACCGGUACGGCGCUGGAGUUUCAGGGUCGCCACCUGGCCCACGCGCCAGUGGGCGAGCGCAGCGAGAAGCACGAGCACAAUGGGACGUGCACCUUCCGCGGAGAUCCCUACGCCGUCGACAAGUUCAUCGAGAAGGCCGCCGUGGAAUGCUACAUGUAUACCAACGGACUCCGCGAAGAGUACCAAAAAAGGGUGUGCUACAAGGUCGGUUUUCCCAAGAUCUGCUUGAACUGCACUACCGACACGCGACCGCCGAACGAAGAGGACUGCCACUUACCCGACAUCAAUGACGAGAACAGCCCGCUCUUCUUGGCCUUCCGCACCAAGGCCAUCGGACGUCUCUGGGCAAACUGCGUCCGCGAGGCCAUCGCCUGCUGUCAUUACAUGCUGGACACACCGCGGAGGACGGAUGGGGUAUUUUGCAAUCGCACGUGGGAUGGCCUCACGUGCUACGAAGAUACCGACGUUAACAGGAACGUAUCAAAGGUCUGCCCACGGGUUCUCUACAUCUACUCGAAGCCUCACUGCGAAUACUACUCGACAAGAUGGUGCCAUGAAAACGGCUCCUGGUACCGGUUGAUGAACGUUCAGCGGACCUUCUACACAAGCUGUGCCCCCAAGCCGUGGGUCAGUGGGGAGUACGUCGGCGUAUACCACUACUCCAUCGGUCUUUUCACGCUGUCGGUGUUGUCGCUGAUACCGGCAUUGUUCAUCUUCAACUGGUACAAAUCAUUACAGGUACCUCGCAUUAUGAUCCACAAGCAUCUCUGCCUUGCGGUUAUGAUGUGUGGAGUGAUGUAUAUCAUCGACCAUUCGGUCUUCACGCUGGAUGACGUCAAGCCGACCAAGUACACCAAGAACCUUACUCACUCCAACACGUGGUGGUGCAAGCUGCUGUCGGUGCUCAACCGCUACUUCAUGGUGAGCCAGUACACCUGGAUGCUCUGCGAAGGCUACUACCUACACCGCCUCGUGGCCCAGGCCUUCUCCAAACAGAUGAAUCUCAAAUUUUGCUACACCUUCGGCUGGGGUCUUCCAGCUGUCCUCGUCAUUAUUUACAGCAUACUUCGUGCCACGCAGUCUGACGACAGGUGCUGGCGGAACAUCGUGGUCUACGACUACGCGUUCACCGGCCCCAUACUGACUUGCCUUGCUGUUAAUAUUUUUUUCAUGAUCCACGUCAUCUACAUCCUGGUAACCAAGCUCCGACAGCGGAAUGUCAAUGACAGCGAAAACUUUAGGAAGAUUCUGCGCGCCGUGGUGAUACUGAUCCCUGUUUUCGGUGUCCACUUCGUGUUGACUACGUUUGUGAGCCCAGCGUCAUGCAGCGCUUACCUCAAGAAGCUCUACGCCGAAUGGGGCAUCGUUGGCUUGCAGGGAUUCUUCGUCUCCCUCAUAUUUUGCUACCUCAACGGCGAGAUCCAGAGCCUGGUGAAACGCUCGUACAGCCGCUACAAGAACGACCGCAGCAUAAGCAGGAGACACCGGCCGAGCGUGCCGCAGACCACCACAACCACAACUACCACGACGACGGCCACAACUCCCAUGUGAUGCGCUUGAUAUCGCACGCACAGAUGCUGCUCUGGAGCACCUUUGCGGCUCCUCGUGUGCUCCAUCUUGACAAACAAAAAAGGACGCUUCCAAGGCGCAAAGUCCGGCAUCGUCGUAUGGACUUCCUUCGACAUGCUUCCCGGCUUUGUGCACACUAACGCCCUGUGCCAGGAUUUCAGUCACGAGUGCUUCCGCCUGAAACUGUUCCUUCCUUCGUGUGUGUGCGCGCGCGUUCGUGUGUUUACGUGAGCGCGCGCACUCUCCAUGUACUGUGCAAGCAAUUUCGGUUAACACUGUGGCGCAGUGUACCCCACCGCUGCCACAAACGCUGCACUAUGGC